AUGACUGUUGCAGGCUCUGAGAGCCUUCGACCUGGUCCUGCAUACAUAUCCUCUCGUUCCGCCGAUGCCAUAUUGUCCGACGUCCGCCCCAUCAAGCUCAAUGCCGAAGCGCUGCAAUCCAUUAAUGUUCUGCUGGACGAGCUCCUGUACAAUAUCCUCAGCGCCGCGCGUUCAAUAUCUACGGACAGACUCAAGGGCGCCUUGAGCAAAGUACUCCCCACGAACUUGGGCAAAGAGGCGUUGCUGGAAGCCGAAGUUGAGCUGAAGGCGUACUGGGAACGCAGUACAGCACCGCCGGCUUCUGCUCGUGGCGAAGCGGAGACAGAGUUCAAUUUGCAGUGGGCUUUCGAGUUGCUUCGCCUAAAAUGCGAAGCCUAUUCCACGAUGAAUGAUUCCGAUGAAGACGCUGAUGCGGAGAAACGCCUGAAUGCGAAGAUGGGGACGAACAAUAGUUCUGCCCCUCCAAAGGCAUCUUUGUUGGCACCGGCAGCACUGUAUCUAACAGCUAUCCUCGAGUCUACCUGCGAGCAUCUCCUCUCCAAUGUCAGUCGCGUCGCUGCGAGGGAUAGUAGCCGGACUACCGCGAUCCUACAAGACGUAUUUAUUGCGCUGUGCGAGGACGACUCGAUGUAUGGUAUGUUCAAGACGAUGAAGGUGUACGAUCAGAUCGAAGUGUUAUCCAAAGCCCAGAAACCACGGCGGAGUAAGUCGUUCUCACGCAGCAACGAGAAAGUGACGUUACGAUCGCAGACGUCGUCGCCGUUUACUGAGAUUGCGUCGCUGAGAGAGUCGUCGUCGACGGGGCGUGUGCGGAUGUCGUCCGAGUCGAUGAAGUCGGGGGCGACGACGACGGUGGAGGGGCGAACGUCUUUGGAGAAGGGCAGGGCCAUGAAGAAGCUGAUGAGCCACAGCCGAUCGUCAAGCGAGAAGGAAGUCGAGGCCAGGGCGCAGUCCGAAUCUGGAAGGUCCCGCGCGUCUACCGAAUUCGAGGACGACAGUGAUCUGCUCAACGAGUUCGACGAGUUGAUGCGCUCUGGCGCAACCGUCAAAGUAUCCCUCACUCCAGACAGGCUGAAAUCCAUGGAGGUAUACAAUAAGGAGCGCGCCCAGCGUGCGAGUCGACGUGGCCAGCGUGAGCAGUCAACGGAUAAGGAGACCGAAAACACCAGUCCAAUGCCCUCCCCAGCAUCUCCAGAAUCGAAGCGAGGUCCGCAUAGCUUGGCCGGACGUCCUCAUCUACGUCAUGUCGACUCCAUUAUCGAGGACGAGGAAGAGCCUGCACGCCCCAAUAUUCCGCCCACGUCUUAUCACACCGGCGCACCGCUACGGGUACGACAGGGUAGCCUUUCAAGCACAGGCGCAUCAGGCACGGUACACUCAACGUCUGCCAACGGGCGUAAUCGUUCCAUCUCCAUCUCCAACAUACCUCACCCCAGGUAUGACGAUAGCCUGUCUCGAAGAACCGGUUCCCCAGUCGCAUCUGCACCACCACAGCGGGAUAUGCGCAAAGUCGACGUGUUCAAAAGUUUACCCGGCCAGCCGCAGCGUACACGGAGAGUGAUGGGGAAUCGGGAGUCGAUAGACCUAGAGGAUGUGAUGGCAGGGUCGGACAACGACACGGUCGGAGUGGUGCCGCAAGCGGCGACCAAGCCUACUUCUCCUCGACCAAAGGCCAAAGAUCCGUACGUGUCACAGUCUGCAAGAGACCUAAUCGACUUCUUAGACGAGGGACCACCUGAGGAGCCUAAAUUCCCCCACGCUAUCAGCGCCAACGCUAGUGUUAUCUCGUUCGAGUCUUCGAAGUCGAAGGCUGGCCGGUUCUCCCGCAUGAUGUCGAAGUUGACUAUUGGUGGUUCAACGGAGAAGCUGAGUGGUCGCUACGAGUCGCAAGGCAUGCCGCGUUUACCGCGGACGCUUGGGCGCAAACCGAGCAAGUCCGCUAUGCCUCCACCGCCAGCGUACAUGCAGCAGUCGCUGUCGCUGUCUCCCAAGAGGUCAUUGCCCAACGUGAUCGUUGCGACGCCUCCCCGUCCACCACCACCACCUUCCCCGAUGCUGUCUACCGCACCGUCCAUUGUAGUCCCGUCGGUGAAGGUGCCAAGUACGUUGGUGUUGCCUAUUGCAGCACCCUCACCUGUAUCGUCGUCGCCGGCGGUUCCAUCCCCCGUUGCAGCAUCCCCUAUGAUAUCAUCGUCUGCAUCAUCGUCGCAAACUUCGAUCCAGGAGGCCGGUGUAAGCCCCGUUGCUCUGUCCCCUCGUCGUUCCACUAUGCGCAAGGCUGUACCCACGUACGACGAGAGGACUGAGAUACAGCCAACCUUACCUGUGUCGCCGCCUUCGGCAGAUGAGUCGACACAAACCCUGGCUCAGAUAGCGAACGGACAAGCCAACGGCCAUGUGGAGAGCACCUCAGUCAGGCAUGCAGAAGGCGGCAGAGACGGUACGCUGGCGAUGGCGCCGGUGCGCAAGAUCUCUUCCAAGCGGCCCCUUGGGCUUUUGAAUGGACACAACCGGAGUCCUGCUGCAGAGCAAGAGGAGGACAAUGCGCUUCGCACAUCAGUUCUCCGUUCUGCCAGCGAGAAUAGUCCUCGAAAUACCCAGGCCCCGCCUACUCCGGUCGCCACAGAUAUACCCCAAGAUUCGGCAGUUGUCUCACAGAAGAGCUCGCCCUCUAUAUCCACUGCCGAAGUAGAUGACUUCCGGCGACUUUUAUCAAGUGCGACGUCCGUUGACGAGUGUCGCUUGCUUGUCGACAUGUUUUUCGCGAGGAAUGGAUUUCCCUUUACAUCAGCUUCUCGCGCUGCAGUAUCUUCUAGCGUGGGUUUACCCUCGGACGGUGCAUAUACCCAGUUAGCAUCUGCCGCUGAUCUUGAAAGCUCGCUGGUCGAAUUGUUUCUGGGGGAGAGCGGCCCUGAGGAAGACACCAACGAUACCGUGGUCGAUGUCACAGGCCAAGUGCUACUGAUGCCGGAUGCUGUGGCUCAGGCGAAGAUACCAUCACAAUGUUUCGUGGACACUUUUGAAUCGCCAGCUGUCGAAGUGCUGGCCCCACCACCCGUUGCUGUUUAA